GACAGGGGGUGGGGCGAGCAUCGUGAGGUUAUCAUCGUGCGCCGCCCGCGCCGCGGAGAGAGCCGGCGCCUCUUUGACGUCACCACCGCCUGACUGCUUUUCCAGGAGACAGGAGUAGAAGGCCAGCGAGUUGGUCAUAAUGGCAGGUGAAGAAAUUAAUGAAGAUUAUCCAGUAGAAAUUCACGAGUAUUUAUCAACAUUUGAGAAUUCCAUUGGUGCUGUGGAUGAGAUGCUGAAGACCAUGAUGUCUGUUUCUAGAAAUGAGUUGCUGCAGAAGUUGGACCCCCUUGAACAAGCUAAAGUGGAUUUAGUUUCUGCUUACACAUUAAAUUCAAUGUUUUGGGUUUAUUUGGCAACUCAGGGAGUUAAUCCUAAGGAACAUCCAGUAAAGCAGGAAUUGGAAAGAAUCAGAGUGUACAUGAACAGAGUCAAAGAAAUAACAGACAAGAAAAAGGCUGGCAAGCUGGAUAGAGGUGCAGCUUCAAGAUUUGUGAAAAAUGCCCUUUGGGAACCAAAACCUAAAAAUGCAUCCAAAGUUGCCAAUAAAGGAAAAAGUAAAAAUUAACCCUUUGGUUUUGAUGUACACAUGUGGAAAAAGUACAUCAUCUUUAUUGUUUUCCACAAAAUAGAUGAUUAUAUGACAAUGCAAGGUUUAAAUGUAUUCAUUAUUGAAUUCAUAUAUAAAAUUUACAUUUUAAAUUUGUAAUGCUAAAUAUUCUUUUCCCUAGAAAGAUCAAGUUAUCUUUAUUGAUUUUCCUAUAGAGCGUGAUGAGGUUUUUAACAUUGUGAUAUAUUUUAUAUUUAUAGUUUAUCAUCUCUCUUGACAAGACUCUUUAUUUCCUUAUAUAGGUCAACCUUUCAAGUACCAUUUUAUAAGCAACUAGGAAAUUUAAAUUAAAUGUUCUUUGUAAACAUUUGUCUGUUUUAAGUGAAUAAUGACUUUAUGAAGUAUGCUAUCUGAAGGCUAAAGUUAUAAAUACAUCUGUUUUCACUAUAUAAUAUUAAUAAAGGAUGAAAUGACUUAAAUGUCCAUUUUUUUUUUUCUAUGUAGCUACUUUAUCAUGUUUUCAUGAUUUUGGGAAUUAUUGCUUUUUUGAUAUUUGAAGUGUGAAAUUAAAACUUUAAGGUUAUAUUUUAAUUCUUGGCAAUUUGCCUCUAUGUCCCAUUUGAGGUAAAAUAUAUUUUCAUUAACUUUAGAUGGGAAAUGAGGCUGUAUAUUGAUGGCUGAAUUUUGGCAUGAUGGUGAUACCCUAUCAAUAAAGGACUGUAAAGGUUGUAUAGCUGACUGUUUAUUUUUCUCUUUUGUGUAAAUUUGCCCUUGAAAUUAGGAAGAUACGUUAUAGAAAUCAUUAGGAAUAGAGAAACUCAUGAGUUUUUGUUGCUUAUGCAUUGUGCCCUUAGAUCUCUUUUUUUUCAGAUUUUUUGAUUACAUGUUUUUGAGGUGAAAUCAAGUACAUACAGGUAUUUUGGAUCAAUGUUCUAUGUUUAUAUAAUGCCACACUUAAGGAGAGGACAAGUCCACAGGAGAUAAUAUUGUGUUUAUAUUCUGAUUUAUUUUUCCAGAAUAUUUGUUACAGAGAAUUCUAUGUAUUAAAAAUUUUUUUUAAA